AAUUAAUUAUUUUAUUGGGAAUGAUACUAGUAUAAAAUAGUAAUUGAAGUUUGACAAACUAACACAGAACAGAACUGCCAAGGUAGCAUUGACUGAGAUAAACGUUGACCCAGUCUGUUGGACCCACCACUCCAGCAACUGCCAUUUGUCAUCCGCCGCCAAACGUUUUCCGACACUUCCAACUUCCGACCUUCGACCUCCUCCUCCUACUCCGCGGCCCUCCGCCCCCUUCGCCAAGCCCAUCUCCCAAAUUCCGAUCAUAAUUAGGGCUAAUUACCCCCUGUAUACGCCCUCAAACUCAAUAGAGUUUGGUUAAAAAGGGGAAUAACUGAAGAAAUGAAAGCCGAAACGUUAACAUUGGUACUCGUUAAUUUAGCCGGAAUUAUGGAAAGGGCAGAUGAAUCGCUGUUACCCGGAGUGUACAAGGAGGUUGGGGAAGCACUUCACACCGGCCCGGCCGGACUCGGAGCUUUGACCCUUUUCCGAUCAAUGGUUCAAUCCCUCUGUUACCCGCUUGCCACUUACCUUGCCGUUCGCCAUAACCGCGCCCACGUCAUCGCUUACGGUGCUUUUCUUUGGUCUGCUGCUACUUUCCUCGUCGCCUUCUCUUCUUCCUACUUUGAGGUGGCAAUUUCUAGAGCGCUGAACGGAAUUGGUCUUGCUAUAGUUGCGCCAGCUAUUCAAUCCCUCGUCGCGGAUUCAACUGAUGAUGCCCACCGCGGUACAGCUUUUGGGUGGCUGCAGGUGACCAGCAAUCUUGGAUCGGUACUUGGUGGACUAUUGUCAUUGUUGAUAGCUCCAGUGACGUUGUUGGGUAUCCCGGGCUGGAGGAUUUCCUUCCACCUUGUUGGAAUCAUUAGUGUUAUUGUGGGUCUUUUGGUUCGCUUCUUUGCCAAUGAUCCUCACUUUUCUUAUGGGAGAAAGAGAGUCGGCAUUGAAGUUCCUUCGAAGACAAUCAGGUCUGAAAUGAAAGAUUUGAUUAAAGAAGCCAAAGUGGUUAUAAGAAUCCAAUCUUUCCAGAUCAUCGUCGCACAAGGUGUGACUGGCUCAUUUCCGUGGUCUGCUUUAUCAUUUGCGCCUAUGUGGUUGGAGCUUACAGGCUUUUCUCACUCUAAAACGGCCAUUCUCAUUGGCUUGUUCAUAUCUGGAAAUUCUCUGGGAGGGCUUUUUGGAGGCAUGAUGGGUGAUGUGCUUUCAUUGAAACUCCCGAAUUCUGGCAGGAUUAUUCUAUCUCAAAUAAGUUCUGGAUCAGCUAUCCCACUCACAGCUAUUCUUUUGUUAGGAUUGCCAGAGAACCCAUCUGCAACUUUCGUCUAUGGUUUGAUGAUGACCAUCACUGGUUUUUGCAUUUCAUGGAAUGCUCCAGCCACAAACAAUCCAAUUUUUGCAGAGAUUGUCCCUGAGAAGUCGAGAACAAGUAUAUAUGCAUUGGACCGGUCCUUUGAGUCUGUCUUAUCAUCAUUCGCCCCACCUGUUGUGGGAGUGUUGGCUCAGCAUGUCUUUGGUUACAAACCGGUUCCCGAGGGUUCUGAACAUAUAGCAACAGAUAGAGAGAAUGCUAGAUCCUUGGCCAAAGCACUCUACACUGCAAUUGGGAUUCCAAUGGCUUUGUGUUGCUUCAUCUACUCUUUUCUCUACAAAACCUACCCUAGAGAUAGGGAACGCGCUCAGAUGCAAGCUUUGAUAGAAUCCGAAGUUCAACUGAUGGAAUCCGAAAUGUCGCCUCAAAGGGGAAAAGGCACCCACGCUGAUUCAUCUGAUCCCGAAGAGUUUCUUGAUGAUAGGGUUGUUACUGAAAUGGACUAUGGUGAAGACGACUUUGACUUUGAUGAAGGAUAUGAAAAUGCUGCCGUUUACAGGCGAUCAAAACUUUCAAGUGAUUAGAAUUUCUCAGAGUAAACUGCCGUUGCACUAGAGAUUUAUAUCAUCUAUGGAUGUCAUCAAGGAGAGCAAGUUUAAGCAAUUGUGGUAGAUUUCAACUCAAUAUUCAUAUCCUGCAGAAAUUGCUUUGGCUUGGUGAGAUGGAAAAUAGGAUAAAAAUGCUGGAAAAUGCUGUGGCCGAGUUAUACUCAACGUAAAUAGAUACGUAGUGGGCAACAAAGUUCGAGCAAUGUCUGACAACAAAAAGCGGUAAAUGUAAAUGUAUAUUCUGGUGUACAAUUUGUGUUAAGUUUAGUGAUUUUGAAUACCUAGAGUGAAACAAAGAUUAUUCCGUGCAUAAAAUGCAUCUAGGUUGGAGAACCGAUUCAUUUUUUUGUUGCAGCCAAUGAUAAUUUUGUUUGAUGUCUCUUCAUGAAGGUGUUUCUCUGGUGUACGAUUACACACAGUCGAGCCAAGCAGUAUAAGCGUGUGAAGUGUUAGCACAGUACAAAACUCGGCAAAGAACGAUUUUGUAUGAACCUGCAAAACGUUUGCAUUUGAGGGGGAAUUCAAACAGAGCAGUAUCAAAUUCUUUCUGGACAGCCAUCUGUAAAAAUACUAUCAAGGAAGGGUCAGCUCUCUCUUCAUAUGUGCAGAGCAGAGCACUUAGGUCAGUCAGGCUGCCGGCUAGAAGUCAACAACACAUCUAAGAUUUUUACCGCGUAGUAACAUUGAAAUCCACAAGGCCGCAAGUAGUAAAAAAGUGUUUGUAGAAUUAGUAGCACCAAACUAUCAGUCGUUGUAUAAAGGAAUUGUUUGUCCAUGAGUUGCACUUCUAGUAGGAAGAAUAAAAGAAUCUCGAUACAACAAAAGAAGAUUGCAUUUCACACGGAAUGACAUUCAAUAGAAGCAAAUCCCAAAUCACAGCAUAUGGCUGAAAAAGAAGAGCAAAGUCUUGUUUGUAUAUGCCAUAUGAA